AUGUUCAUUAAACCACCAUCUGCAACACCUCGGGGAAUCACCUGGCGUUUUAAAGGAAAUAGAGAGAUUCAAGUCUUCAAUUCAAUUGGCAAUGAAGAGGAUCCACAUGCUGAUUAUAAAGACAGAAUCUCUGUGGACAAAACCACCGCUUCACUGGAGCUCAGGGACCUGACUCUGAAUGACACUGGGGAGUACAAUGUGAGAAUCACCUUCAUCAGUGGUGGUGUAGAGAGCCAGGGAGACACAUCACUGAAAGUGUUUGAGGAAAUCUCCAAUGUGACAGCAGAGGCCAAUCAGAAUGAGUUGGUGGAGUUCAACAGCUCUGUCAUCCUCACAUGCUCCGCCUCUGGCUCCUCCCCCUCAUUUCGUUGGUUUAACAGGAGUGCUGAUGUCACAGGAAGUGACAGCAAGACCCUCACUGUAUUGAAUGUGACUAGAUAUGAUACUGGGCCAUUCCAGUGUGAAGCAUCCAAUGCUAUCAGUGCCCAAAUGAGCCCCAAGGUCAACCUGACCAUUGCCUAUGGCCCAGAUAGUGCAGUAGUAACAGUGAAACCUCCAGCCUCAUUCUACAGCUCAGGCUCUGACAUCACCCUGUCCUGCUCUUCUGAGUCCAAGCCUGCUGCCCAGUUCCAGUGGGCUCUGAGUGGAACCCUGCUGGGUAGAGAGGGACCAGAACUCAGACUGGAGAACGUUCAGGCCAAUCAGAGCGGUGCCUACAGCUGCCGGGCCUAUAAUAGUAAAACCCAUAGGUCUAAAACCUCAUCACCAUCAACAAUCACUGUGCUUGAGAGAAUCUCUGGUGCUGCCAUGACAAUCACUGGGGACAACCUGAUAGCAGGUGAGAGUUCUGUCAACUUAACCUGCGAUGCACAGGGCACCAUCAUCACCAGAGAGUGGAGAAAGGAUGGCAAUCCUCUGCAUGGAGUUAACAUCGAUGAGCUCAACAGAACAGUUUCCAUCAGCCCAGUACAGAAAGAAGACAAUGGAAACUACACAUGUCAAGUCAGCAACCCUUUCAGCUCUGAGACAGCCUCUGAUGGACUGAUUGUGAACUAUGGACCAGAGAAAGUAAACAUUAUGGGAGAAGGAGCCAUAGAGAUCGGUAGUCCAGUUCAUUUGACCUGUACUGCUGAGUCCGUCCCUGAGAGCACCUACACAUGGGCAUUUAAUGGGAGAGGAACAAGUGUGACUGGAGCUUCAUUCAUCAAAGAGCCAAGUGAAUAUGAAGACAGUGGAACCUACACCUGCACUGCUUGGAACAGCAUCACCAAACUCAGUGGCAAAGCGGAUUUUGAUGUGUCAGUCACAGGUACGCACUGUAAGGGCCUCUCUGAGGCAUGUGGUCAGAAUGAGACCAAUCAGACAGACAAUGCAGUUUUUGAACUGUCUGUCAAAGCACUGGGGUCCCUUGGCGGACGAGGUGGAUUGUCAGCUGGUGCUAUAGCCGGAAUAGUAAUAAUGAUCAUCAUAGUGGUAGCAGCUGCGAUUGGAAUUUCCAUCUUUCUAUUGAAGAAAAAAGGGAAACUGGGCCUUCCAAUGGGUCGACAAGCACCUCAACAAAAUAAUGCUUCAACGGAACUUGACUAUGCAGAUAUCAGGCACUUUCAGAAAAGAAAUGGGCAGAAGGAUGAUCUGGGAAAUGGAGGAGAUGGAGUAGCCGGGGCAACGGUAUAUGCAGCAGUCAAACUCCCCAGGUCUACUGGUCCCAACCCAGGCCAGACUAGCGUAGCGUUGCCGCGGGCAGGGCUGGGAAAUGGAGUAAAUGUUGGAGAUCAGAACACAGAGCUGCAGUAUUCUACCAUCAAACAUCCCUCCUCUUCCACAUCUGGUCCCCAAGCUCACAGGCCCAAAGGCCAGGCUCCUGGACCACCCAACCAGGUACCAGAUGUGACGUAUGCUCAGGUGAAAAAGAAAUGAUCACCCUCUCUUACUCCCUUAGUGGGGUUUUCAAGCAGGCCCCUUCCUUCAUCAGUGUUUUGUAUAUUAGGCCCACGACACCUCCAGAAGGCUAAACAGUGGUGUCUGGCAUCCCAAAUCCACCCCCCUCCAUACUCAUGAUGGGGUAGAAAACAGCUUUCCACUUUCUUGGCUUCAUCUAGUGUUGUUUGAGUAUCAGUGGAAGAUUUGAAUUCUACAUUUGGUUGUCAUUCCUAAAUACUCCACCGGUAACUGCCCCGGCAAUUUGCUGCUUCUGUAGUUUAAAGGACACACACCUCCUUACACAGUAAGAUGUUUGCCAGCAAGUCAUUUAUCUGAAUCGUGUCUUUUGGCAGAUUAAUUCAGUUGUGUCACUUUGAAAAUGGAAGCACGCAAGAACAGCUGGCCUGCUUCAAAUUGUUCUGUAUCCCUGUUUAAUUUAAUAUUGACUGACUUGACCAUUCAGAUUGCUUUGCCUUAAUGUUGUAGUCUGAAUUCUUGCACUAUAUGUUUUAAAGUGAGAGUUAAUUUUUAUGAGGUGAAUGAAGUGUCAGGUUGUCAAAUUGUUUGCUACAAUGUAUUAGUGUGAUUGAGUAAGCAGUAAUUUGCCGCCACCAUUAAUUCCCAUUCAAAUGAAUGGUAGAACAUUCGCCUACUGUGACGUAUUAGGCUACAGUACGUAGACCAAUGGUAGCUGCCAUAGCUGGCACACAAAGAUUAUAGAGCGCAGCAGUGGGGUAAUAUAACAUGGCCGAUAGCAACAUAGAGCAUUAGCGUUAAUGUUUACAUUUUAACAUUUUAACCCACUUUAUGGACACCUAUCGGAAAUAUUUUUGAAAUAUAUGAAGAAACCACCAAUACUGUGGAUUAUUUACAGCCUACAGUUACGCUCCAGCUGAGUUUUUGCUUGUGUAACGUUAAAUUCAGAGUUACUAGGUAAUGUCUGCAAUAACAAACCAUUCAUCAACACGCUAGAAUAGAUAAUACUCAGUGCCAGCAAAUAGCUAAUGUUAGCUAAUUUAAUAACAAAUGGCCAUAGGGCACUAAUGUCAGUUUGUGUCCACGUAUCUGCUACUGGGGGUUAGGGCUGGGCAUUUGCUGGGCAAGGGUUAGUGAUCCUCUGCUGCCGUUGAGCAAUCACAGUUUGCAUUUGAGUGCCGAAAUGCAUCUCUAGUU